UUGGUCAGGACCAGGUGACGUCACAUAAUGAGGGGUGUUGCUAUCCAGCAGUUGUAAAAUCAGCCGGUCGGAGUCAGGAACUUCGACCAAACAUCUUCGAGGGAAUCUCGGUAUAGUUUGAUUUUUACACAUGUUUUUUUAAAAUAGGAAAGUGGUAAUGUCCGUCAAGUCAACUCAGCGGCUCGUCGGGACUCUUUUGGAUGUUGUUGUAGUCCACUCGACCAAGUUUUUCCGUGGAAUUCUUCAACAAGGAAAUGGCAGACGUGUAUGUGCCGGCGGGUUCCUGACAUUGAGUCGGGCCACCUUGGCCCGGCGCUCCACGUCCUGCGGCGUCGACGGCCCGCGUCGCGGCUUCGUCAACCUGGCCGCCCCCGUCGCUCGCCGCAGAACCGAGUACGCCGAGACCCGGACCGUAGGCUACUCGCCGGAGCAGAUGUUCGGCCUGGUGUCGGACGUGGCGCGGUACCAGCAAUUUGUGCCCUGGUGCAAGACGUCUCGCGUCGUCGGCGGCGGCGAGGGCGGCGACUUCCGGGCCGAGCUGGUGGUCGGCUUCCCGCCCGUGCUGGAGCGCUACACCUCCGAUGUCACGCUUAUCCCCAACCACCAAGUCAGAGCCUUGUGUACCGACGGGACCCUCUUCAGCCAUCUCGAGACAAUCUGGAGGUUUGAGCCGGGACACAAAGACGCUCCGGAGUCCUGCAAAGUUCAUUUUUAUGUGUCCUUCGAGUUCAAAUCCUUGCUCCAUUCUCAGCUGGCUCGUCUCUUCUUCGACGAGGCGGUAAAGCAGAUGGUCAGCGCGUUUGAGUUACGGGCGGCCGCUCUCUACAGCCGCCAGAAGAGGGCGACGCUGAGGAGGCGGUCCUCAUGACACUCCCGCCACCACUUGCACACGUAGCUAUUAAUUUUCACAUUGAAUAAUUAUUUAUUUCUCAUGAGCUAAUUUAUUGUAACUCAUUUGUGCACAAAUGUUUUCUGAUUUUUAUUUGUCAACUAUUUUUUUUUCAAUUAAAGUUUUUUUCUUAUUAUAACAUUG